CACAAAACCACUCGCAAAAUCCAUCCACAAUAUUUACAAACUAAACUAAUAUUACUAAUAUUUCUACGAAAUGUUUCGAUUUUUUAAACAAGCCGCUUCGAUGAAGGCGAAAAAUUCCUUGUUCCCUCCGGGGAAGAGGUUCGCCUCUAUAAUUUCCGACGGACGGGGGAAAUGUGGCGAAAAAUUUGACACGAGUUACAAGGUGUGUCUGGAGAAUGAGAAAUCCAACCAAAAAGUGAAGGACGUCACCAUGGAGAACGUUCGGGGGUACGAGUUUCCCAAGGUUUGUCUCCGCUAUGGGAGAGAGGACGCCAUCCAGCACGCAUUGGCAGUCGGCAUUGACGAAUCGUACCCAAACUGGGCGCACUAUCUCGACCAGGGGAACAAAUCGUUCCAAAUUCUCCCCACUUUCCUGCUCCCCGUGGCAAACCAGAUUUUGCUCGAGUUGUCCUGGCAAUCGCAAAUCAUGCCGAACGAGAGGACCGUCCAUGGCGAGAUUUACAUUAAAAUGUUACAACCUCUCAAACCUGACGGCGAAAUUUGUUUCGAAUUGGAACUCGUCGAUAUUUUGGAUAAGGGAAAGGGCACCAACUUCUGCUAUAAUUUUCACGGGACGGAUGCGACCGGCUGUAAAAUAUUUUUUAUCGAAUAUCAAAUAUACGAAAUUGGCGCUAGAAGGUACUCGUCCCCCGGUGCAGGGAUGUCCACCCAUCAGUCAAACAUCGUACCACUCGUGUCCCCACCGCAGGGGAGGGAACCGGACGUGGUCCUCCCCUUCACGGCGGUGCCGUUCGAUCCAAAAUAUUUUGAAACGGUCAAAUCCCCGCCGAAAGACAUGUCGCUAUUUGCCACCAACUAUCACAAGCAGUACUACGCGAUUACCGACAAACUUCGCCCGGAGCCGAGAUGCCAUGGGCGCUACUAUUUGGGCGCGGUGGUUCAAAAUAUCCUCAAAUAUUUUGGGGAGGGGGAUGUCUCAAAGUUCAAAAGUGUGAAGACCCGCCUCUCCUACCCGGUUUCUCCAGGGGAGACCAUUUUGACCAAGGCGUGGCACCUCGGUGAGAGAAUCCACUUUGAAACUUUUUCCAAAAACAAUGGAAAGUGCGUUUUGAAGGCAUCGUACAUUGAUCUGGCCUAAAUUAUGGAUUUUAUAGUUUGAUUUCCGCUCUCAUUCAAAAUUUAAUAAUCUGUAAUUAAUAAAACCCUUAACCUUUAAGUUCCAU